AUGUCAUCCUUGGGGAAAAUUCGGCAUCAUCUAAUAGGACCGGUCAUCUGCGCCAAUGUUACUGGGCAGUACGCGUUUAUUGGGAGUGUGGAUGACCCUUUCAGGCGGAACUAUCCGGUGUUCAUGAGGCAAUUCAUCUGUAUCACCUUUGCCUAUCUCACCAUCCGAUUGAUCCUCAGGCCUUUGAGGCAACCUCGAUUCGUUUGCAGUAUCUUGGCAGGCAUUGCGGUGAACGCCAUAAUCAGGGGGGAUUACAAGUACUUCGUGACAAUCCCAAAAGAAGAACUUAUGUUGGCGAGGACAGUAGGUGCUCUCGGCACGACUUACCUCCUAUUCCUAACCUCAGUGAAAGCGGACAUAACCGCCAUCCACCGAACGAUGAGAAGCGCCUCGAUCAUAGGCUCGUCGAGCGUGUUGAUGCCUUUCGUCAUGACCGCACUCGUGGCUCAUAAACUUACCCUCCCCGGAAUGAAAACCCCGGCCGCCCAACCCAUGUUCAUAAUUGGGCUGAGCUUAACGCGAUUCCCUAAUGUCGUCCACGCUUUCAACGAGCUCAACAUGACGACUUCCGAUUUAGGACAGCUUGCGGUGUCCUGUUCCGUGGUCAGUGAAGCAAUCGUGUGGCUGUUUAUGUUCCUGGGGGCAUACGUCAUAAAACCAAGUUUUUUACUUUACACAGUUUUAACAUCCGCAGCGUUCCUCUUGCUCAUAUUCGGGAUUGUUCGGCCAGUGAUCAUGUUGAUUAUUGAGAAGGUGCCGGAAAGGAAACCCGUGAGCGAGAUCUAUAUCUCGUCCAUCUUAGUCGUAGCUUUGGUCAUGGCAGCUCUGACGGACAUGAUAGGCUCGAUAAACUUCGGAGUCAUGAUGCUCGGGCUAGUGAUCCCAAACGGGCCGCCGCUGGGAGCGACCUUAAGCGAAAAGAUCGAGCUAGUCACCUUGGAGAUUUUGAUGCCGAUGUUCUAUGUUGUCAUCGGGUUCAACAUAGACGUUAGUUUGGUAGAUUGGAAGGUCUCCCGAGAGAUCCUCCUCAUAGUCCUAAUGAAUACUCUGCUGAAGAUUGUCGGAGCUCUGGUGGCUGCGUUGUGCUGCAAACUAAGGCUUCAACAUUCAGUCUUGCUUGGCCUCAUGUUGGGCAUUAAGGGUCCGUACGACGUAUAUCUCCUCAACCGCUGGCUUGUACAGGACAUAGACAGGAAAGCUUACACAGUGACGGUGUUAUCCCAAGUGGCAAUUACCGCGGUCUUGACGCCUUUGAUAGACGUUUUCUAUAACCCUCACAGAAGAUUGAGUGAGUCUGUGAGAAAAUCAAGAAGAUCUAUGCAGACACACCCGAGCAACGUAGAGUUACGGAUUCUCUGUUGCAUUCACAGUGAAGAUGACGUCCCGGGCAUCAUUUCUCUUCUCGAAGCCUCAAACCCUACAGGCGCUAGUCCGAUCUGCGCCUAUGCCGUCCACCUGAACGAGCUCGUCGGCCGUGCGACACCGUUCAUCGUCCCCUACAACAGGCAGAUGAGAAGAACGCCGUCCAAAAUAUCUUUCCACAUAAUGCGUGCUUUGGACAACUACUCUACCAACUCGAAUCACUUAGUGAAGGUCAAACCCUACAUGGCGAUCGCAGCAUAUAAGACAAUGCACGAGUACAUCUGUCGGCUCGCUCAAGAUGAACUCGUGCCUCUCAUUGUGCUCCCCUUCCACGGAAGCCAAGAAAUGUCAAACGCCACGAAGGCCGUCGCCUUACGGAAUCUAGCUGAAAAGAUACAAGCUUACGCUCCGUGCACGAUUGGAACGUUGGUAGACACGGGCAUGCACCAUCGCACGAACAAAUCGACCACAUUUUCAUGUAGGGUCGGUGUAAUAUUCGUCGGCGGGAGCGACGACCGGGAGGCCUUGGCAUUGGCUUUCCGCAUGGUUGGACGCCCCAAUGUGAGAGUCACGGUGGUCCAUAUCAUUGUCCAGGAUGUUGGCAAAGAUAUCGACGAGAUCAUGCAGGAGAAGAUUGACAACGGGCUUAUCGAGGUCUUUAGGGCGAAGGCCGACGCCGAUCCGUGCUCCACAUACCGUCAGGUCGUGGUGGAAGAUUCCGAGCAAGCGAUGGGCGAAAUUCAAGGUUUGAAGAACAAGUUUAGUCUCGUGUUGGUGGGACAAAAGAGAGGGACAGGCACUGUGUUCCCGGAGGAAACGAUGUUGAACUGGUCCGACAAUCCAGAGCUAGGAGUGAUUGGUGAUCUAGUUGCAUCUUCCGAUUUCAGAGGAGAGACGACGUCGGUGUUGGUGAUGCACCAUCACGGGGAUCCUAAGGUCCCCUUCCGCGAUCCUUCAAUGGAACGUGAACGAGACUAUCUUCUCAGAAGAAGUGUGUGUUGAGGGAAAAAGAACAG